UCUCGAUGCGCCCGCUGGAGGGUUGUGGCCACUGGAACCAGCCAGCUGCGGAAUGUGAAGGCCUAAGAUCGGACCUGUCCUGUGUGCUGAUGGUGACACGAUGCUGUCGGUCUAGCUGGUGGGCCUGGAGAUCGUACUUUCGACGGACAAAUUCACCGCUUCAACAACACCCAGCGAGGGCACCUCUAGUGGCUAAGAAAAUUUCACCCGAAGACUUUCCAAACAACAAAACAGCAUCAGCAGUUGCUGUCUUUCAAAAGUUGCUGCUUGUCCUUCUAUUUUGCCCAAUCGUGGAUUAUUGGUCGCGGCGUAAUUGUAACUGCUCGUGCCGCCUCCGAAGAGUGCGCGUCGUGUCUAAGUUUCCGAACCCGAUGGACGACAAGCUGGUGGUGCUCGUACCAAACGCACCUGACGGUGUCGGCGCCAGCAGUAACGUGGCUUACCCGUUCGUUCGAAAACAUGACCCAGGCGCGCAUGGUACAAAGUUGUCAGGAUUGCGGUUGAGAACAUCCCGGGGGAGGCGACGAGCAAGAUCUACUUGCUGCAGCAGUGGACACCGAUUCGACAUAACUCGACCAGCACCAUGUCAGCGAUCCUGCUACCGACGAUCGUGGAAUGCCUGCCAAGCUCCCUAACCUCGGUGCGACGACGACGAGUCUCACCUGGACCAAGCGGACCAAGUCGACGAAUUCGUCCGAUACGAUCGACGGCGGUCAAGAAGAAGACGAUGGAAUCAUCCCGGCAGAACAGUCGAAUCGUCCGAUGCGACUCUCCAAGUCGCGGAUGUCCAGCAGCAGAACGAAUUUCACAUCAUCUCACUCA